GAGAUCCCGACUUAUUAUUAUUAUACUUUUCAAAGGGACCAAACUUCAUCUGGCACAUGGACUCCUACGACAAACUUAGACCAUAUGGAAUAUGCAUCAACGCAAGUAUUGAUGGGUUUUCAAGAAAAAUAAUCUGGCUUAAUGCUUACACAACAAGUAGUAAUCCAAAGGUGAUCGGGGGGUAUUACAUCGAAGCGGUGCAGCGUUUAAAUGGCUGCCCUAGAGUUGUACGUGGUGAUCUUGGAACCGAAAAUGGCCAUGUGAGAAGUUUCCAGCGUUUCCUUGUACCAACGGAACCAAACGAGACCCUUGACAGUUACCUGGAAGGAGCAAGUACAGCUAAUCAAAGAAUUGAAUAUUGGUGGCGUUUCCUUCGUAACCAGUGUGUGGAGUUCUGGUUGUCCCUUUUUGGAGACAUCAGAGACAACGGUUACUUUGAUGGUGGAUUUUUAGACAAAAACCUUCUUCAGUUUUGCUGCAUGGGGAUCAUACAGGAUGAGCUGGAUGAUACUGCCCAGGUUUGGAAUGCACACUCCAUCAGGCCAUCAAACAACAGAAAUGUCCCCAGUGGUCGACCCAAUGUGAUGUAUGCAUUACCUGAGCUCUACAGGACAAGAGACUUUCUUUGCCUUGUUGAAGAGGAACAUGUUGAAGUAUGCAAAAAUGAGUGCAUUUCUCGACUGACCAAACCAUGUGAUCCAGAUGUCUUUGACCUCUGCAACAUCCUUAUGGCAGAGUCCCAUCUGACCUUACCCACAGACGCUUACCAGGCUUUGAACUUGUAUAUGCAUCUAAGAGAGGCAAUCAUUGCAUCACUUUAAAAUGUGCUGACUGCAAGCAAGAACAUUUUUCAGCACCUUUACAAGCCCACUUAGAAUGGCAUGCAGAUGUAAACAAACUGUGUUUCUUUUCUUUCAAAAGUAUUUCAUUAUGUUCUCUAGAAGGGACAAUGAAGAAAUGUAUUGUUCAUUUGAGUUUCAUGAACUGCCAGUUUAUUCAACUGCUUCUAACCAUUUUGUAAAUAUGCAAUAUCUGUUUCAGAUCAAAAUAAACUCUGUGAAAGCAAAUAUUUACUUGUCAAACAAAGAUAAACAUAAAAGGAAAAUAAGGGUAUUUAGUAUAAAUAAUAUUUAUCUGAAAAUGUAAUUCUGUGAUCAAAACAAAAUGCUUCUUUUAAGUGAUAAACUCUGUCCUGCCAUUCUAUUUUUAAAAUAAAUGUUGCAUUAAUUAACUUUUUAAAAUUUGAAAUGCUAUAAAGAAAGGAAAAGUAUUUGAAACAAUCAACAUGAUACAAAGCAAAAUGCAUAUUUCUUGCCUCUGAAGUUAAUAAGGGUUGUAAACACAAUUAUGAACUUUUUAAAAAAUCUGUAAAAACAUCUAAAAGCUUAAACAGUAAACCUUACUGAAAGAACAAACUCUGCUUAAAGCAACAUUGCACAGAGGCUACAUCAACAGAUCGGUCUUGUAGUACAGCAUCUUGAAAGAAAAUGAGAACACAUUUCUGUUUAAUUACAAAAAAUGGGUUAGAAUAUGAUAAAAUCAAAGGAGCACUUCUUCAUACAUUGAAAAACAAAAUCUUAACAAGUAAUUCUGGUCUAGUUUCUAGUGAAAAUAUCCUAUUACACUUAAAAUAAGACAAAUU